AUUUGAUUUACACAGACCUUAUGAGCAUGAUAUUAUAAGAACUUUGGGCUAUCCUACGUAGAGGUUUUUCUGCAUCCCAGCCGACAAAAAAGCAAAAAAAAGUUCAUAAAGGCGAUACCAAUAUCAACCAAUUUCGGAUGAGGAAACGGUGACGUCACGGCAAGUUUAGCAGUUUAGCCUGGUCUUGGGUCUGGGUCAAAUUGGUAGAUAGAGGCUUUCGUCUAUCAAAUACCCCAUUUCAGCCGCAGACCUCAACUCUUGGCGUAAAAAACAUCAGCCGAGUAUAAAACACUAUAGAGGAAAGUUUUCAACAGUAGUUCAGUAGUAUGCAAUCUGAAAUCAAAAUCCCUGUGUACGCAAUUAACUAAUAAUUAAAAUGGAAGUUUGCAUAUCCAAAGAAGAUGCAAUCUCUUAUAUGGCACAUGUAGAGUGGGCCGAAGUCACUAGCUGGCUGAAAACCGAAUUUUCAACCAAUUCGUCUGAUGAGGAACUUUUAAAACCUCUGGUAGAUCUGCUAUUCAAUAUCAUUAAUCGUGUACAAAACAACUUCUUGUGGUAUAAUUGCCUAGAAGCUCAAAUAUCUGAUACUCUAACAGUAACUUUGAAGACACUAAGAUUGUUUGUAACGAAAGCCAAUGUAGGAGAUUACAUUAGUAAACAACCUCAGUUUUUUGAUGCUCUAAAUACCUUGUCUGUUUGUCUUUUAACAAAGAAAAAUGGCCCAGAAGUGUUCACUAAAUACCUUUUACAAUGUUUGGUGAAUUUAGUAAGUGCUGGCAGUAUUCAACAGAAAGGCCAGCUGAGAAAAAUAAUUCGGGGGCAUAAAUUGAGUCAUAACAUUCAGAAUUUUUUUUUGACUCAAUGGGGAUGGCCAAUUGAAAGCAGUGCUUUAAUAUAUAAUCUUUACUAUGACAUUGAAAUUACAGACCGUACUCUUGUUACAGAAAUUAUCAAAUUUCACACUAAAGCUACAUAUUUGAAUGAAUAUUCUGAUUUCUUGAUACAAAAAAUCGUUUCUGAAAACUGUGUGUGGGAAUAUUUUGUAAAUUUUACUUAUCAGAGAUUGAAUCUGUUGAGGCUUUUACGAUAUUAUAUAGCAGAACAAGUAGCAGAGUCAGAUCCCAUGUCAAUCCAAGUAGAGCAAUUACCUGAGUCAUGUUUGAAAUGUUUAACAAUUAUGUUCAAUGAGAGUGCAGUAGUGGUUUUUCAAGUAACAAAUGAAGAUGAUUUAGCUGCUGUAGAAGAAGUCUCAUGUGUCCUAAAACUUCUUGCAUGUAUAUCAAGUAAUGAAAAAAGUUUGGCUUUUUUACAAAAUAAUAAAGAUCUUCUAAUAAAUGCCAGCGUCUUGCUCAUAAACUUACAUCGAAUAGGAAAAGCAUCAAACAAUGUGUUCACUCCUAUACUUAAGUUGGCAGAAAUAAACAAUCCUAGUGAGGAUAUUACGAGAAAUCCUGCAUUUGGCUUUAAGGCCGACUUGGUUAGGUUAAUUGGAAAUUUGUGUUGGAAAAACCAGAUGAUGCAAAAUUUGGCAAGAGAAGGAGAAAUAAUUCCAAUACUUCUAGACUCAUGUAAUAUUGAUGCCAAAAAUCCGUUCAUAAUACAAUGGGUUAUCUAUGCUAUUCGUAACAUUUGUGAAAACAACUUAGAAAAUCAGUCAGUUAUAGCUGGUCUAACCCAACGGGGAUUCAUCGAUUCCAAAGUACUACAAGAAUUUGGACUUACCUUAUCUUCUGAGGAAAUGUUAAGUAUUGGUAUUGUAGGUUUAGAUUUAAAUAAAUAAAUGGUCAUUCUGAAAACUGUUUUUAUUUAAUGAAUGAACUGAAUAUCUUUAUCAUAUUAUAAAAAUGUUUAUUAUCAACAAGACAACACAAAAGCAUAUUAGGUAUGAAAUGGGUUAAUAACGUUAGUGAAAUGGUGAUGAGGUUAGGCUUUCUGUCCAACAGUUAAGGUUACAGGAUGUUCUACAAGAAGUCCACGAGUCAGAGCCUAGAAAAUACAUUACAUUAAAAAUUUUGAAUAAAUUGUAUUAUGAGCCCUUGCAGAACGAUAAUAAAGGAUAAGGAAUUUUAUAUUUAGGCAAAAACAGUGCCUCUGAAACAAUCUUUUAUUCAAAUAUUAAUCAAUUAUUCCCUGGAUAAUAUAAUAAAGACAAUAAAAAAAUCAGAAAGACUUAAUAAUUAUGUAUUGACUCGGCACACUUUCUAAGUCAAUUUAGUAAUUACCUCUUCUACUUGAUCUUUAGAAAACAUAUGGAACAGCUUAUCAGGAGUCAUAGUCAUCACUUCAACAUUUGACGAGUUCAAUUUUUCUUCCAUAACUUGUUUUAAGAUUGUCAGUGCCGAAGUGGUGGCUUCUUCUAGCGUCAUACUCUUAUGGUAGACUUCUUGCAGACUCUGUUGGGCACCUUCUGAGCCAGAACCAAUAGCUUUGGCAUCAAAUUGAACAAAAGUAC